AAAUUCAAUUGCACUGAGUACAUCACACAAACUCACUACAUCACCCGGGUGCUGUCAGCCGAGGAGGCGGCCUUCCCCCUGGCCUACAUCAUCACCAUGCACAAGGAGUUUGAGACCUUCGAGCGGCUCUUCAGGGCAGUCUACAUGCCCCAAAAUGUCUACUGCAUCCACGUGGAUAGCAAGGCUCCGGCUGCCCUGCAGCAAGCGGUGCGGCGUCUGGUGGGCUGCUUCCCCAACGCCUUCCUCGCCUCCCGCACGGAGCGGGUGGUCUACGGCGGUGUGUCCCGCCUGCGGGCCGACCUGCACUGCAUGAAGGACCUGCUGGCCUCGGCCGUGCCCUGGCACUACCUGCUCAACGUCUGCGGGCAGGACUUCCCCUUGAAGACCAACUGGGAGAUCAUCCAGCAUCUGAAAGCCUACAGGGGGAAGAACAUCACUCCCGGAGUGCUGCCACCAGCACACAUCACCACACGCACCCGCUUCAUGCACCUGGAGCAGGGUGGGAGCAAUGUUUCAGGGCUGGUCACCCCCCAGGUGCACAAGGCUCCUCCACCUCAUAACCUGACGCUG